GUGGAAGGAAAACAAACAAAAGAUAUUGAAGAAGACUGCACUUUGAAUGCUCAUUAAUCGCAAAAACUUAUGGCAGACCAACUGAGAUGUCAUCUGCUUCAACGGCUUCUGCAUAAAAUACAAAGUGGAUUCAGCACAACACCACUGAAUCUUGAUUACCUGGAGUUUUUAUGUCGCCAGGAGCUGUACAUCCUGGACACUCUAUCCAAUUAUGUACAGAUACCUGCUGUCAUCACAGAGGCUUUGCAAGAGCUGUUUGACCUUGUGAAGAAAAAGCUGGAAUGUCCAGCUUCAUUUGUCACAUUUGAAGUCCACGGCACCACCGGGCGACCAAAACUCUUUGUUGAAGAACAGCGCCUAGCAGAAAUGCUACAUGCUCGACUACCUGUGCCAUGCAUAGCCAGGCUCAUGGGUGUUUCCAGAAGCACAAUCUUCAGAAGAAUGCAAGAAUAUGAGAUGUCCGUCAAAGAUAUGUAUAGUUCCCUCACGGAUGAUGAACUUGACAGUUUGGUUGCCUCCAUCAAGAAUGAUUUACCAAAUGCUGGCUACAGGAUGGUCAGAGGAAGACUUGAGUCUAUGGGGCACAGGGUUCAGUGGAGAAGAGUCGCAGCCUCCAUGCAUAAGGUUGACUCCAUUGGUGUUAUGUCCAGGCUGUCAAGUCUUGGCUGUGUUGUACGCAGAGAAUACUCUGUACCAGGGCCCUUAUCUCUGGUACAUGUAGACACAAACCACAAGUUGAUCAGGUACAACAUUGUGAUAUUUGGAGGAGUGGAUGGCUUCUCCAGAAAGGUUUUGUACCUGAAUGCAGCCACAAACAACCGUGCUUCAACAGCAUUUCAGUUCUUUCUAGAGGCAACUAGGCAACAUGGUUUACCCUCAAGGGUAAGAGCAGACCAGGGGCGUUGA